CUAUGAGAAUCCGAAACACGUGGUGAGGAUUCUAUUGGAUAUGUUGUGCAUGUAUUUGGUUAUUUAUUUUUAUGUGUGUUCAAAGUAUUUUUAUUUGAUCCAAUAAUUAUCAUGGGUCGUAAGGCUAAAUUCGAUACCAAACAACCGAAAGGACCGGGACGUAAAGCUCGAAAACAAGGAGAAGUCGAUGUUAAAUUGUUUCUAUCUAAUAUUGAGAAAAAGAACAAAAAUCCCAGCAAGAAAAUCACACCGAUUUCAAAAAGAAAAAAUGUGGAUAAUGUCGAUAGUAGCAGUAAAAAAAGAGUCAAAUUUGCUUCAAAUCUUGUCGAGCAAAGGAUAUUUCCAUCCGAUCCAAAAGAAAGGAAAAACACUGGCUAUUAUGGUAAUCUAGUGAAAGCUAUGAAAGGAGAACAGCUUGAUUUCGAUGACGACGUUGACGAUGAUGAUGAUGAUGAUAAUGAUGAUGAAAACGAAGAAAUUAAUGAAGAACUUGGUAACCUUUUCGAUGACAAUGAUGUUGAUGAUGAUGAUGAGCAAGAUGAACUUGAAUUUUCCGACGAGGAAAUAGAUGAGCAGCCAAAAAAUUUGAAAAAUAAUGAUCAAAAUGGCGAUGAUAAUGACGAAAAUGAAAAUCAGGACGAUAUGAAAGUAUCCGAUUCAAUUGAAAUCUCAAUUGAUGAAACCUUACCGCCCGACAUUUCGUUACUUAAACAACGAAUAUCUGAUGUCCUUUUCAUUUUGAGUGAUUUUAAAAAUCGACGUCAAGAAGAAAAAACCAGGGAUGAUUAUAUCCGUGUUUUGAAGCAAGAUCUUUGUUCUUAUUAUAAUUACAACAAAUUUUUAAUGACCAAAUUUAUGAAUCUAUUUUCCCUGGAUGAGCUUAAAGAAUUUCUCGAAGCCAGUGAAGUUCAAAGGCCUAUGGUUAUUCGUGUGAAUACGUUGAAAACACGAAGACGAGAUCUUGCACAAGCUUUAAUCAAUCGUGGUGUCAAUUUGGAUCCAGUUGGAAAUUGGUCAAAAGUUGGUUUAGUGAUCUAUGAUUCACAGGUGCCUAUCGGCGCUACUCCUGAAUAUUUAGCCGGUCACUAUAUGCUUCAAGGAGCGGCAUCUCUAGUUCCUGUCAUGGCAUUAGCGCCGAUGGAAAAUGAAAAAAUUUUAGACAUGUGUGCUGCUCCAGGUGGAAAAACCACUCAUCUGGCCACCAUGAUGAGAAAUACUGGUAUAAUUUUUGCCAAUGAUUUUCAAAAAGAACGUUGUAAAGCAUUGACUGCCAAUUUACAUCGUCUCGGUAUUGUCAACACGAUCGUAAGCAAUUAUGAUGGACGUAAAUAUCCGAAAAUUAUGAAAGGUUUUGAUCGAGUAUUGUUGGAUGCACCAUGUUCAGGCACAGGAGUAAUUUGUAAAGAUCCCGCUGUCAAAUCUACCAAGACAAAUGCUGAUAUUCUCAAAUGUUCAUACUUUCAAAAACAAUUGAUUUUAUCCGCAAUAGAUUGCCUGGAUGCUAAUUCCAAUACCGGAGGUAUAUUGGUCUAUUCUACUUGUUCAGUAUUGAUCGAAGAAAAUGAAUGGGUCAUUGAAUAUGCUCUUAAAAAACGUAAUGUUAAAUUAUUACCUAUCAACAUUGAUUUUGGUCGUGAAGGAUUCACAAGUUAUCGAGAAUUACGAUUCCAUCCAACAAUGAAAUACACUCGUCGAUUAUUUCCACAUGUCAACAAUACUGAUGGUUUUUUCGUGGCUAAAUUACAGAAAUUUUCCAACAUUAUUCCUUCCGAAAUGAACGGUGAAAAACAGCAGCAGACCAACAAUUAUACAUCAUUAUCCAAGGAUGAUGAAAAGUUUUCAAAUAAUAAUAACAAUAAUCAUAAUGAUGAUGAUGAUGAUGAUGAUGAUGAUGGUGAAGAAGAUGAUAAUAAUAAUGAGAUGAAUAUAGCCAUUGUUAACGAGCAUCAUCAAAAUCAACCAAAACAAAAUUCGAAUUCACUGUUGAAUAAGACAAAGAUGAAAAAGAAAAAGAAUAAAAAGAAACGAAAUAAUAAUGUGGCCAACCCAAAUGAUUAUGAUAUGAAUCAAAAUGAUGACAAUGACAAAUUAGUAAAACAGGAUAACGACGAUCAUCCAAGGAAAAUUGCAACAACAAUUAAAAAUGGCGAUGUUCAUGUUGCUAUCAAUGGUGGUGAUGGUGGCCAAAGAAAAAGAAAACAGAAAAAAUUCAAAAAAAAUAAGAUGAUAAAACAGAAAGGGUUUAAAGGGAAAAAAUCA